AAAACCUGCCUUCCUUUCAAAAAUAAAGACAUUUCUAAGUGACCCCAAACUUUUGAAUGUUAAUGUAAGCAAACUAUAAAGAGAUGAUGCAGAAAACAAAUUUAUCAUCUAUAAACCUUUCAAUACCUACAAGGUUUCUAAAGACACCUUAAAGGAUGAUCUGCAGCCUGAAGUACAGUUUAAAACUCUCCUCUUCAUUAUUUUCUACAAACUUUUGUGAACUUGGUAUUAACACUGUUCUUGAAUCAUCCGUUUUACAACACAAUCACUUCUGUAUCUCAAAGACCACCAUAAAAGGCACACAACUCCAAAUCUAAAGUCCAAAGUAGCUCCUUAUUGUUACUGAUGUGGAGGUUCAGAUAAUAAAGAUUAUUUUAUCAGCACCACAUUACUACAGAGAUCUGACAGAAUGGUAGCAGCACCUAGAAAGAAAUCCCCCAGAUGGAGCAAAGGUGUGAAAAAGAAAACUCUUCUUGAACUGUACACUUGUGAUCCAACCUGCCAUAACCUUUAGUCACAGUUUACUGAACAUUUUUGAGCAGUUUUCCUCUGCAAUGAGAAGUUUUACUGACAUUUGAGGUAGAGCUGUAACAAAUAAUCAGUUUAUUGCCAACUACUCUGAUAAUCAAUUAACCAGUUUGAGGAUUUUUUAAUGGAAAAAAAAUGUAAAUUCUCUAAAUCCAGUUUCCCAAAUGUGAAUAUUUUAAAAUCAAGACAUUUUUGCCGCCUUAAUUCCAUGUGCUCACUUGUAGGUAAACAUACAGUUAAAAUUUCUAACCAUUGGUGUUUCUUCCAGCAUCAGAGAUAACACUAAUAGGAUGACAUGAGGCCUAAAUACCACUUUCAGUGUGGCUGAGUUGGUGUCAGGUGUCAGAGGAUGUGGAACGCAUCCUCUGAUCAGGGUCACCGUAGGCCUCAGACAUGGCUCAGUGGGCUGCAGGGAGGAAUUAAUGACGACUGUAAGCAUUGAAAUGCUCCUGUGUUUGACAGAAAACAGAACUGUGCUGAGUGAAAGUCACAGAAAACUAACAAAGCUGGUCUCUGGAGUCACGCUGGCUGAAACCUCACCAUCAUCUGAAGUUUUUCAUGUUUGAUCUCACUGAGUUUACUCGUCUGUUUCAUAAUGUGCUCCUGAUUUGAAAUCUGUGUUGGUUUGAACAGAUGUUAUUUGUAGUUUGUCCAGUCCCUAAAGCUUUCACUGUUUCUUGUCUGUCCUCAGAUUCAGAUGUCUCCCUGCUCCCAAAUCUAGGCAUUGACUUUGGUGAAUGAAGUGUGAUCAUAAGGUGCUAAAAUAGGAGCCAGGUUGCUGUUAUCCUCCUGCUGUUCUUUCUUAUUCUCCUCCUUUCAGUCCAGACUCGGUCUUGUGACGUUUUUAUUUUUUGCCUCUUUGAGACCAGAAACCUUUCAUCACUGUGGGGAACAAACAUGAUUUCUAUACAAGCUUUCUCCUAAACGUGGUGAAACUCCUCAUUCCUAAAGUAAGCCUCCCUGCAACUUCACUGUCCGUGCGCAUGCCCGCGUGCGUGUCACAUCUCCUGCACAAUUAAAGCUGAUUCCUCCGCGGCGGCAUUAGUGACUUACCGGCGGUGACAAAGAGCCUCCAGGCCUCAGAUAACCCUGAGCCACCUCCUGGAGCUGCUCUCUUUGGUCUGGAUGCUGGCUACCUUUGGCUCAAAGCGCGCCGUCGAUCCUCCACCUUGCUGAUGUCCGUUUUGCUUAAGUCGGUAGAACUGCACUUGCAGCGAAGUCCCAAUAUGCAAAGGCACAAAGAAAACCCUGACUUCAAAAAUUUAUGUCUCAAGCCCUCGGCCGCAGACACUCCCCUUCCCCUGACAAUGAAUGGACCACAGCAGAUCUUCUUAAAUGUGCCAUUUCAAUGCGGACUGCUUAGCUUGGCGUUUGAGGUCCAGCUCCUGCUUUUUUGAUAAAAAAAAAAAAAAAAAAACCUCUCCUAAUGACUUAGCGCACCUAAACUUAAAAUACCUUGAUAUGAUUUCCAUCCCUUCAUCUCAUACACUCCUUUUCAUCCUUGCCAGCAGAUUUGAGGCAGAGGGGGGCGCGUAUUUCAUGGCCAGUUCGGACUGGAAGUUAAGCUCAGCAGCUGUGCAAGGUUUUCCUGUUCACAUCUGACCAAGUGAAACUUACUGCCACCUGUUUUUUUUUUCUCCCUCGGAUCGGCACUUUGCAGCGCAGAUAUAUCACUCACAUACCGGGGAGCGGAUGGGACUCCGGGGGCGGCCGCUGCUGAAGAGGCUAAACGGGUCAGGUGCAGCGGUGUCCCUGUUGAAGUCCUGCUCCCAUGAUGCUUAUCAGCGCUAUCGACAUUCUCCUCAGCCUCCCGCUCUGAUGUGCUUUAACCCCCAACUGAAAGCGUCUUUCCCCCCAAGAGAAAAACACACGCGUGCAGAGAGGAGAAGGCAGCGGGGCUUAAUUAUCCGUCGAUCCGCGCGGAGAUGAGUUGGGAUGCAAUUUGUGUUUAAUUGCGAAUGAAAACCAUCCAAUCACGCGUAACCCGCACGCAGCCGUAGCCCGGCCUCCUCAUAGACCCGCGGAAAUGCCGAUUGAUUUUUGUCAGUGGGGCGCACGGCCUUAAAUCGAUCAGUGAUUGAUAGAUUUGGUGGUUUGUGGUGUCAGAGGAAUCUCAGGGCCUCCUUUGUGAGGCCCCGGGGACUACAGUGGACAUAAUAAGCUGUUUUUAAUAAAGUUAAUAGGACAGAAGAUGCUUUAUCCGGUGUCAUAUUCUCACUUUUCCCUGUCCCAUCAACAGCAUGAAGGAGUUUUACGCGCAGGUUUACUCACCCACCUGGCCUCUGUGUUUACAGGAGCAGCUCUUUCCCUUUACAGCUGCACUUAUAUAUUUUAUGUUCAUCCGUUGCAUUGCUUUCUCCCAUUUUUAAUUGUUUCUUUUUGGUCUUUCGUGGUAUUUCUCCACUUUGACCUCCUGCCUUUUGCAGUGUCCAUAUACAGCCAGUUACCUUGAUUCUAAUUUAAUCUGAACAUCAAUAGGUUUCUUUUUAGGGGUCAAAUGACAUUCCAUACGUUUAUGGGUGACGUUGUACAAGCAUAAGUAAAAUACACCCUGGAUUUAUGAAAUCAGUGAAUGUGUUCUGGAUAAAAUGUAUUUAUUUUCUCCUAUUGGCAAAUCAGUAUAAGUUCCAAGAAACGCAAAUAUGGCAAUUAAUUAAACCUUAAAUGCAUUUUCUAUUGAUCAGAGCCUUUAGGAGUGUAAAGCAGAGCCAUUUAAAGUCAAUAUGAACUUAAAUGUACUUAGAGGACUACCACGAAUCAGAGACUUGGAAGUCAUGUUCUGUCUGUGAAAUCUGACUUCAGAGCUGACAGGCGCUUUGAAACGGUGAAAGGUGCUUCUCUGUAGCGAGUAAACAUUUUUCUCUGAGAAACUCCCGGACUUCUCAUCUUACUCCGCGCUCCUCCGUGCAGUAGCGUUGGCUCGGUCACUAGAGGGGGGGAUCUGCUGCACCUGUUCUCCAGGCGCGCUGCUCUCCCUUCGGCUCUGCUCGGCUCUUCUCGGCCGGCCGCUGUCGGAGCAGAGGCUCUGCUAUAGGAGAACGCAAAUGUUCGCCUGCGCUCUCCUCCCAUUGGCCCGUCACACCUCUGUGUGGGAGGGUCGGGGGCCACGCUGCCUUUAUAAGUGCAGAUUGCCUUCCAGCGCCUCAGUGACACUGCGUUGUUGCACCGUGGAGCUAUUAGGAGUAUAGUUUGAGGAAUAUCAGAGGCAAAAUCAACUGGAAUUUAUCACCUCUUCCAUAAAAUUCCACACACAGUCAACACGUAAGGUCAACAGCGCUGCCUGACAAGGGGGGGCAGGAGCGUGGGGACCGAGCCUGUAAGUAGAAGCUGCUAUAUGGACUGACCACAACAACAAGGGACCAGAGCCCCGUCCCUCCACUAAGACCUGCAACCUCACAUGAACCAUACGAACUCUGAAAGAGUCUGACAGUGCCAUUCCGUUUUGGAUUCCUGGGACGUUUGGCACACCUUUACGCACUCUGUGACUGCCACACACUGCUUGAUGCUGUUUGUGUGAGAAAGUUUCAGUCCGGGCCAUGCUGCAGUGACUUCAACCCGCUGCUGGGACUUCAUGAUCAAGUUGUAAACAAGCGAAGAAGGAUGCUUGGAAAAUAUUUAUAACAGCGAGCGGAGGAGAGAGAAACCUUUUCGUGAUACCUGAUCGAGCAGAUCCGAGGACAGUAAAUCACAAGGAGGCAAGUGGACUGCAGAGGUGAAGCGAGGGCAAGACAGGUUGGUGUCUCCAAAUUCAUCGGGCUCGAGUUUCAGCCGCCCCGGGGGCUCCUGGUAUUAAAGCGUGCAUUUGACCUGGGAUAAGUUGUCAACAAGAGCAGCGAGUGGAGGCGAGCUGGCAGCUGUACAAGUUCAUUUACAUGCAUACGUAUAUUCACGCCACUAUAUAUAGAAGUUGUCUUAGGGACGAGCAGCCGUAAUAAGUUUCUCCACCCACCCGCCGGCCCUGCAGCAGCUCCACGCACCGGGCGUGUGCGUGUGUCUAUAUAUACACCAUACAGGCUUUUAUUCCUCUGUGCAAUCUGUAUCCGAGAGGGCUGCCUGCCGUCGGUUUGGCUGUAAGGGCAGGAGUCGUCGCAUGGACUGACAUGGCCACCGACCUCGCCAUGAGCGCAGAGCUGCCCAACAGCCCUCUGGCCAUCGAGUACGUCAACGACUUUGACCUGAUGAAGUUUGAGGUCAAGAAGGAGCCGCCGGAGGCCGACCGCUACUGCCACCGCCUCCCGUCCGGCUCCCUGUCCUCCACCCCGAUCAGCACACCCUGCUCCUCAGUGCCUUCCUCGCCCAGCUUCUGCGCCCCGAGCCCGGGCGCGCAGCCCAACCAGGGCCUCACCAGCGGCGUCAACAGCAGCGGGAGCAGCAACAACAGCGGCGUCAACAACAAUCACAGCAACGCGGGCAAGCCUCAGCUGGAGGACCUCUACUGGAUCCCCAGCUACCAGCACCACAUCAACCCCGAGGCGCUCAACCUGACCCCGGAGGACGCGGUGGAGGCCCUGAUCGGCAACGCGCACCACCAUCACCACCACCACCAGGCCUACGAGGGCUUCCGCGGGCAGCAGUACGUCGGGGAGGACCUGUCCACGGCCUCGGCGGCGCACCACCACCAAGCCCAUCACCACCACCAUCACCACCACCACGGCCACCACGCCCGCCUGGAGGACCGCUUCUCCGACGAGCAGCUGGUCAGCAUGACGGUGCGGGAGCUGAACCGGCAGCUGCGGGGCUUCAGCAAGGAGGAGGUGAUCCGCCUGAAGCAGAAGAGACGCACCCUGAAGAACCGGGGCUACGCGCAGUCCUGCCGCUUCAAACGUGUGCAGCAGAGGCACAUGCUAGAGACCGAGAAGUGCACCCUGCAGAACCAGGUGGAGCAGCUGAAGCAGGACGUGGCGCGCCUGGUCAAGGAAAGGGAUCUAUACAAGGAGAAGUAUGAGAAGCUGGCCAGCCGGACCUACAAUGCCGGUGGACCCGCGAACACGAGAGAUCCGUCUGGGAAACAGGCCAACACCGAGUUCUUCAUGUGAGAGACUGAUGAUUUGUAGCAUAGACUCUGAAUUACACCCCCACCUAAACAUCCUUCUUACAUUAAUUUAUAUUUUUCUGCGUUUGUAUUUUGUUUACAGUUAUUCCCCCCGACAGAAAAAGACUUUUAAACUCAACAUCUUAACAUUUGAUGCGCACAGACUGUGAACCUUUUGCGCAUUUUGAGUCUUAAAGAUGUUUCGGCUAAACUUCUGUUCACAUGGGAUCACUUAGCCUGUAGACUGUUCUCUAGUCAGAAGUCUUACUGAACCAAUAGGACGUUUGACGUGACUGUCUUAAUUUAGAGAGAGCGACGAUUCUGUCUUUAAACUGGGACAAAGAAAGAUUUUUUUAAUUUAAAGUCUGAAAGAACUGAAAGAGAAGCAGAAGAAGCAAUACACCUCCUCUCCUUUCGCUCCAGAAAGCUCCAAAGACUGUUGAUGUGAAAGAGAGGCGAUCUGUGAUGCAGAGAAGAGACCUUUCAAUAAUGCAAGUCUAAUAGAUCCCUAUUUGCAACCCUGCAUGCAGGACAUGUAUGGUAACCUCCAGUCAUCUCCCACAGUCCCCACACAUGUAUGGAAAAAGCAUGACCCAUGGUCCUCUCCUCUUCCUCCUCCUCCUCCUCCUCCUCUGCCAUCAGUAAGGCCUGGGUAUGCAAAAAAAAGCCACCAAAAUGUUCCCCCUGCCUCCCACAAUCCCACAGAGGUGCAAGGACUGCGGACAAAAAUGCAAAUCAAUCUGCUACUGCGAAACAUGGAUGCGUCUUUAACUGCUAUUUUCAAUCAAUUUUUCUAUUGUUUUAAAAAGAAAAGAAAAACGACAAAAAGAGAUUAUCUGAGCCAGAUUUUAGACUGUAUUUAUUUCCACCUGUACAUAAUGUGUAGAGAAAAAAAACAGUUACCUGUGCUAUUUUCCCUUCUCUCUUUUUAAAGAAAACUGCUUUUGUUGCUUGGAUUAUUCGAAAUGUCUUAAUACAAAUGUUUGUAUGUUACAGCAUGCAAAUCGUCUAUGGUAUCCUCCUCCUCCUACUGAACAUGUGUAAUGUCAAAAACAAGCCUAUACUGCACUAAGAAGAGAUCAAACUGGACUUUUGUUUUCUACUCGUAGGACCUUUGAUCUGUUACUCUUAAAAUCCUGGAUGUAAAUUUGAUGAGGCGGAAAUCCUCAUUUAUGAAACGGACAAGGACUGCAUUCGCUGCUAAAACUCUAUGCAUCAACCCGAUGAUUAAAAAGACUUAGUUUAAUGAUUCUUUUUUCUUUUCUUUUUUAAACUUUAAAUAUUUGUAGACAAAAAUGUGUCGGGCCUGUGGGAUCCUUCCCCAGCCCCGUGUCUUAAUAAGAUCCAGUGUGUGACAGGAGGAUGCGUGAUUGUUAGGGAAGAGGAGCCUGGUGGGGAGAGUUUACUGUUCUUGGAGUAACUCCAUACAUUAUUCUGUCAACAACAAAUCCCUGGUUCGUGUGUUUUCUGCUGCCUAGAUAUAUGUGCAAUAUUGUGCAGAAGUGUCCGAUGCUCAGCCAACCUGUUGGAGGUUCAGACUGCAGAUGUUCCAUUCACAGCCACAAACAAGCGCAAAGUGCAACAAGGAAACUCAGAUUAUUCAAUUUUUUGUUUGUUUAUUUCGUCCCAAACAUUUUUGUGUGUGAAGAAAACCAACAAUCAAACGUGAUUUAAUUCUUGCGAUCUCUAUUUCCUUAUUUAUUUUCUAAAAUUGUAAUCGAACAAUAAAUCCUCCUCGGUGAUCUUAUUUGCUUUAAUUCUAUUUUUUCCAGAUGAAGUUUGACUUUUCCUUUUUUUUUCUUAAAGCGACAAAAAUAAUGUGAACUCGAAGGGAAUAAAUAGAAGGGGAAUAAAACAGACUUCUGCACAGUGCUGUAAAUGUAUAUCUGUACAUAUGAUUUCUAUAUUUAUUCAAUGAACGUGUCCUGACGUGUCAACAAGUGAAAACCCUACAAAGUGGAUCGUUGUUGAGAAUCUUGUUUUCAUAAUGUUUAAUAAAAAGUUCUGUCCCAAA